AUGACUGAGAAAGAGGAGGCCACGGUGAGGCCGCUCUCUGCUCUCCCUCCCCUGCGCGCGGUCGCCACAGGCUCCCAGAAACGGAGGGGGGGCGUACGAUGGGACGAGGCCAACCUGGAGGCCAACGAGGGCAUCAAACGGGACCUCAACCCCCAGAAGAUCCUGGAACCCAAGACGCCCUACCUCUCCCCCAUGGAGACCGACGACGAGCUGGACAUGGAUGGCGCGGGCAUGUCGCCGCUGAAGCUGGAUGACGAGGGUCCCUCCGCCAACGGCUCGACCGCGGGCGGGCAUGGCUGGGAGGACGGGGUACGACGCCUGCCCGCCAGCCUGGGCCCCGCCCCCAGCUGCAGCAGCAACUGGAGCGACUCGGACCGCAGCGUCGGGCGCAGCCCCAGGGUGGCGGGGCGUAGCCCGCGCUUCAGCGUGGACGACCCCUGGGACGUGGCCCGGGAUGGCGACGUGGAGAGCGCCGACCCGGAACGGCAGGAGAAGCGGAGGCGGUUCAGGGAGGCGAGGCGCCAGCACUACAAGAUGAGGGCGUCGCUCAAGCAGUGA